GAGGUGGUCAUUUUUUAAUGGACAAAAAUGAUAACUAGUUUAGCUUGUUUUUUAUUACACAACGAUUCUCUCUUAUGAAACAACCCAUAUCCUCCACACUUAACCAGCAUUUGAUAGAUUAUCCAAGGUCGAGCAAUCUAAGUUAUUGGUGGGGCUUCGGUCCGUUAGCUGGUAUUUGUUUAGUCAUUUACAUAAUGACUGGCAUUUUUUUAGCUAUGCAUCACACGCCUCAUGUGGAUCUAGCUUUCAGCAGCGUAGAACACGUUAUGAGAGAUGUUGAAGGGGGCUGGUUGCUCCGUUAUAUGGAUUCUAAUGGGACAAUGCUUCUUCGGAGGGGAGCAACCAGCAUACGUGACCAUAAAACUAGACAAAACCAAACUUGCAAAGAGCACCCACCAACACAACCGCACCUGGAACCAGAGCUUCCGCAUCCUCUGUGCUCACUCUGUGUCCACCCUCCUCAUCACCCUCCGAACCCCCCUCACCGUCCUUGGCACCCUCCGAAUCCCGGCCCGCCGACUUCAAGCCUCAUCUCCUCUUGAAGGACUCUUCCCCCUCGACAACUCCACGCCGAGGCUUGAUCUCAGUCUCCAUCUCCACUUCACCCCGGCUGAUGCCCACCCUCAUUGGAGCAAAGGCUUCAGUGCUUUCCCGAGCCUGGCUUCUGCUUCGUUUCCACAACGAUCGGGGUGCGGCGUUCGCCUCUACCAGGAUGCCCACCUCAGUAGCUCUUUUGCCGUGACUGGUCGACACUGGAGGCUAUGGGAAGAUGUGUAUAGAGCGAUCGAUGGUGCGAAACACUUGGUUUAUAUUGCAGGGUGGUCACUUAACACGAAGACUGUGUUGGUGAGAGAUCUUGAGACCGAUGUGCCGGGAGCCAGGGGGGUAUCAGUUGGUGAGUUGCUGAAGCGCAAGGCCGACGAGGGCGUGGCCGUGCGGGUCAUGCUUUGGGAUGAUGAGACAUCGCUGCGUGGCAUCAAGAACAGUGGUGUCAUGAGGACCCAUGAUGAGGAUGCGUUUGCCUACUUCAAGCACUCAAAGGUGGUUUGCCGACUGUGCCCCAGGGUCCAUGCGAAGGCACCAGCAGUAUUUGCGCACCACCAAAAGACCAUCGUCGCUGAUGAUGCCGGCAGGGCCCUGGUGAGCUUCGUCGGGGGUGUGGACCUCUGUGAUGGCCGCUAUGACACCGAGGCCCACUCAUUGUUUCGUGGACUCAACGACACAGGCUCUUAUGCUCGUGACUUCUACCAGACCAACAUUGCUGAUGCUUCACUGCACAGGGGUGGGCCUCGCGAGCCCUGGCACGAUGCACAUGCCCGCAUCACAGGACCAGCCGCAUGGGACGUCCUCAGCAACUUUGAGCAAAGAUGGAGAAAGCAAUGCGAUCCUUCAUUACUUGUCUCGAUCGAAGCUCUGCGAGACCUGCUCAUUCACCAUGACGAUAAUAGCAGCAGAGACUACUGGAACGUGCAGGUCUUUCGAUCCAUCGACCAUGCCUCAGCGGGUGCCUUUCGAUUAGGUCACCCCCCUGUGGAGUGCAGUAUUCACGAAGCCUACAUCGAGGCCAUUCGACGAGCAUCGAAAUUCAUCUACAUCGAGAACCAGUACUUCAUCGGGGGGUGCCAUAUGUGGGAGACAGACAAACACUGUGGCUGCAAGAACCUAAUACCAGUCGAGAUUGGGCUCAAGGUGGCAGCCAAGAUACGAGCCGGAGAGAGGUUUGCGGCAUACAUCGUGAUACCGAUGUGGCCAGAGGGGGUGCCGGAUAGUGAGCCGGUCCAGGACAUAUUGCACUGGACUCGGCUCACCAUGCAGAUGAUGUAUGGGUUGGUGGCUGAGGCCCUCUCAGAUGUGGGUGGGGGGAUGUACCCUACUGAUUAUCUGAACUUCUUCUGCCUUGCAAAUCGAGAGAGGGAGAGUGUGGGAGAGUUUGUUGCACCCCACUCUCCUAACCCUCACACUCCUUAUUGGAAUGCCCAAAAGCAUAGGAGAUUCAUGGUAUAUGUUCACUCCAAGGUCAUGAUAGUUGAUGAUGAAUUUAUUUUGAUCGGGUCUGCAAAUGUGAACCAAAGAUCCAUGGAUGGCAAAAGGGACACUGAGAUUGCAGUUGGAUGCUAUCAACCCAGACGACACGAGUGCGGGGAUGUUGGUGCCUACAGGAAGUCGCUGUGGUACGAGCACACCCGUUGCAGUGAUGAAUCCUUUAUGGAGCCACACAGUGUAGAGUGUGUGAGGAAGGUGUGCAGCAUAGGCAACGAGAUGUGGCGUGUAUUUAGCGGAAAAGACGUGGUGGACAUGGAAGGCGUUCACCUAGUGAAGUAUCCUAUCAUGGUGGCAAAGAAUGGUGAGAUUGAAGAUACUGCAGAGGGGAAUGGGACAUUCCCGGACACGAAAACUCCGAUUAAAGGGAAGAGAUCAAAGAUUCUUCCUCCGCUUCUUACCACAUAGGAAUCCAUGGAGUGAUCAAAAUGCUUGACCUGUGAAUAUGCAAGCAUAAUUUGUUCAAUUAUAAACAUUUAGAAAACGUAUCAAAUGUGAUGUUGAAAUUGAAGGAAACAAGAUAAAAAUGUUAAUAUUUGGCAUAAAACUGCGUAGAAAACAUGGGAAGUGAUUAAACUAUCAUGAGCUUGAUGAAUCCAUCCAUUGAUCUCAACAAACGAUACGAUUUACGACUUGGUAGGGGUGAUGCUUAUUCUUAUUUCACGAGGAC